AUGAAUUUGACACCGUUCAGCUCGGAAGGACAUCCCGCUCCACGUCACACGCAUACGUCGUUUUUCAUCGAAGAUAUUUUACUUCACAAGCCAAAACAGCUGUGUCGUGACGUCAGCUCCCUUUCAGCGUUAGUGCGACACCCGGGCCUCUCAGAAUACGGGUACCCAUGCCUAGGCGGCGCUCAUGUCAUCUACCCGCACCAGUUUUUUCAACAUGCCCAAGGGUUCAUGCCGAAACAUUCAGAACAUCCGUUUCUAGUACCAACUUCAGCUGGAUAUCCCCUGAACCCUUUGUUCCAACACGAUACCCCUGGGAAACACACUCACUGCCGACGGAGGAAGGCGCGCACGGUGUUUAGUGAUCAACAGCUAAAUGGCCUGGAGAAGAGGUUCGAAUCUCAACGCUAUCUGUCGACUCCGGAGAGAGUAGAGCUCGCCUCUCAACUCAGUCUGUCUGAAACUCAGGUUAAAACAUGGUUUCAAAAUAGACGAAUGAAACACAAAAAGUUACAGAAGAAAGGAGUUGAUGGAGAAGACGAUGAAAAUGUCAACGAUAUGAACGACGAAUCUGACAAUCCCGACAGUUUCUCUUCUAAACACGCGGACAACACGUCUGUGGACGGGAUGCCUCCUAUAUCAGUUGGAAGUUUGAAUUCAAGUUACGUUCAUGCGCAGACUAGUGCUUCCGGUGUUACAAUUUACGAAGAUUCCGACAACGAGGCGGAUGAGGAAAUCGACGUCGUGGACUCUGACAGUGAAAAAAUACCGUGA